GUCAAGCGGGAAAGGCGGACCGAAAGCGGAGCGGCUUUUCGGUGGCUGGUUGGCAACGUUUGCGGUGGAAUUUCCCUGCUUUUGCGGCUGCGGUGUGGAAAGCGGAGCGGCGAUCGGGAUUCCUCGGCGGCGCAACAUGAUCCCGGAGCUCUGUUGGCUCUCCAGCUUCGUGGCAGCUAUUGCCACCCAAAGUUUGGUCCUUGAUGGAACACCAUCCUGCCCAAGGGUAUCGAUCCAAGGUGGGGACAUCUCUCUCUCCGAUGGAUAUCGUCCAGGAAGCAUCCUUACCUUUUCCUGCCCAGCUGGCACUUACCCAUAUCCCACACCCAGCCGGGUCUGCCAGUCGGAUGGCAAAUGGACACCCAUGCACCAUCCUAAUGGAAAACCCACCAAAGUGGCACGUUGCAGAGACAUACGCUGCCCGGGGCAGACAGACUUUGAAAAUGGCUUUUUCGCCCCACGACGAACUUUCCACCCCAUUGGUGACAUCUUGAGUUUUCAGUGUUCUGAUGGGUACCAGCUUCUUGGCUCAUCCCAGCGAUACUGCCAGCCCAACGGUAUAUGGAAUGGGACCACUCCUGUUUGUGAUGAUGGAGUUGGGCACUGCCGCAGUCUUGCUGUGCCCCCGGGGGCGAUUGCUACAGGGAAAGGCAACCGUCUUGGUGAUCGGAUCUCAUUCCAGUGUCAGAAUAACUUAGACUUGAUUGGAUCAUCCCAACGGGUCUGCAUGCUGGAUGGCGAAUGGUCUGAUAUGCAGCCAAGUUGUAGAGCCAGUUAUUCUUAUGACCGAGCUGAAGAUGUUAAAGCUGAAUUUGGGGCCUCGUUGACGGAUGUCCUGAGUGAAGUAUCCACCUUCGAGGUGGACCCUUCUGGGACAGUUCAAACUCCGUCUCUAGGCCGAAGACUUAUACUGACCAAAGAUAGCUUCCUCUAUGUUUACUUUCUGUUGGAUGCUUCCCACAGUGUUAAAGAACCUAACUUUUCUAUCUUUAAAGAUGCUGUAAGCCAAAUCAUCAUCAGGAUUUCUAGCUUUGAUGUUCCGGUCAAGUUCUCAGUCAUAUCUUAUGCCAGCCAGCCCAAGACAGUGGUCGACAUUGGCGAUGAUGAGGCUGAAGAUGCUGAUAUGGUGCUUGAGAUGAUGGAAAGUAAUAUGAAUUACAAAGAUCACGGCAAUGCUACUGGAACCAACAUUCAUGCGGCCCUUUUUGCUGUUUACGAGAUGAUGAUUAACGAAGAAAAAUUUUCAAAAGAUCAAUGGAGCAAAGUCCGCCAUGCCAUCAUUCUGCUUACAGAUGGAAAAUCCAAUCUUGGGCCUUCUCCCAAACUGGCAGUGCGCAGCAUAGAAGGUAUGGUGGAUGUGAGACAAAACAGAAACGAUUAUCUCGAUAUCUAUGUUUUUGGCAUUGGGAACCUCAACGUUGACUUGACUGCCAUGAAUGAGAUUGCAUCAAAGAAGUCAGGGGAAAGGCAUGUCUUUGUGAUGGAAAAUCCACAGGAGCUCAAGAAAGCUUUUGAAGAUCUGUUGGAUCCUAGAGAUUUGGAGGACAUUUGUGGUUUGUCAAACUACUCGGACAAUGCCAGAUGGGAUCAGAAGAAUCCGUGGCACGUGCGUCUCCAAAACCCAUAUCAUAUGGAUUCUACUUGCCGAGGUGCCUUGAUUUCCAGUACCUGGGUUCUAACAGCUGCUCACUGCUUCAACCACUUGAAAAAUACGUCUAAUUGGAUUGUGGUUCUAGGAGGAGAAAUCAGGAUAAAGAUAAAGAGACGGAUUGACCAUGAAUUAUACAACAUUCGAGCCAAGACAGCCCAGGGCAUCCAAGAAUUCUACGACUACGAUAUCUCCCUCCUUGAACUGGAGAAACCGGUGUCCUUCGGGGGACGAAUCAGGCCAAUCUGCCUCCCUUGCACCGAAGGGGCCAGCAGAGCCAUGAAGAAAAAGCCUGGAACGACGACAUGCAGAGAUCAUGAACUGGAGCUUCUGAGUUUUGAGAAGGUGCCUGCCGAGUUCAUCUCCUUGGACCACAAGAGAAUGAAUGUGCAGAUCAAGACCAAAAGAAGUCGUCCCACGUGUGUUUCUGGAGCUAUUCAGAAGAUAUAUUCCAAUGUGUCCAAUGUGGACGAAGUGGUGACCGACAGGUUCCUGUGCAGUGGAGAAGAUAAGUCGUUGGAAGCAUACACUUGCAAAGGCGAAUCUGGAGGAUCACUCUUCGUGGAAAGGAGAGAAAGACAUUUUCAGGUGGGUGUGAUCAGCUGGGGUACAUAUGAUCCAUGUGUAAAGAAGAGGAAAAACAACAAUGGGGAGAUGAUACGAGAUGACCCAAACAAAGGAUACAAACCACGAGAUUUCUACAUCAGCCUCUUUCAAGUUCAGGAUUGGUUAAGAAAACAUCUGGACAAGUCCCUGAGAUUCAGUCCCAUGCAGUGAACUUCUAGUAUUUGCUCUUAACCAGAACUUAGUACAGUAUUUGCCAAGCCAGCAAUCUCCAUAAUAAUGAUUAAAAAUUACCUUGAUGACAUCUGGCAAUUGAAAUAUUGAUAUUCGCAGCAGAAGGAUCCAAAUUUGGUCCAAAGUUCAUCGUGUCAGAGCCUUCAAUUCCUUCCAAAGACAUUGCAAAAAUGCCAAUCAGCUGAAAAUAAAAUUAAGCCAGUGGUUUCUUUCACACCAUACUGUACUGUAUAUUAUGCACCUCUGCUUGUCUUCCAAGAUCCUUCAAUAAUAUUUAUUCAAAAGUUAAUCCUAUUCCCCUGAAGCUUUCUAGCGUUGAGUAAGACAAUGGCCAUUAAAAGCUUUUUCCUUGUUCUUUUUCCCCUGUUUGUUAUGACUUCUUACAGAGCAUGGCAACAGGAAUACUGUUAAAUAAACUGUCAGUGGGGUAGCAUAUCUCAUUUGACUCUUAAUAUAUA